AUGAAACGGUCUGCUACUCAGCGGUUUCGAUUUGUCCUUGAGAUUGAUGCAAACGUGUCCAGCCUGGGUGUAGCCAACAAUCUGAAAUAUGUUGUGGGCAAUUUCAGCUUUCCUUUACUAGUACAAAGUAAAAACAUCACAGAUAUUGAUGUCUCAACUGAUAUAAAUGAAUGCAAUGACAUACCAAACGUAUGCGGACCCAACUCAAACUGCACCAACACCAAUGGAAGCUUCAAUUGUUCCUGCCUGAGUGGAUAUCGGGAGACCAAUGUGAAUCAAGCCAUAAGUGACAGCAAUCAGUGCACAGACAUAAACGAAUGUGUUGUGAUUUUGAACCUUUGUGGCCCCAACUCAAACUGUGUCAAUACCAAUGGAAGCUACAACUGUUCCUGCUUGACUGGAUAUCAGGUGGCCAACCCAAAUCAAUCCAUAAGUGAAAGCAAUCAGUGCACAGAUAUAAAUGAAUGCAAUGACAUACCAAACGUAUGCGGACCCAACUCAAACUGCACCAACACCAAUGGAAGCUUCAAUUGUUCCUGCCUGAGUGGAUAUCGGGAGACCAAUGUGAAUCAAGCCAUAAGUGACAGCAAUCAGUGCACAGACAUAAACGAAUGUGUUGUGAUUUUGAACCUUUGUGGCCCCAACUCAAACUGUGCCAAUACCAAUGGAAGCUACAACUGUUCCUGCUUGACUGGAUAUCAGGUGGCCAACCCAAAUCAAUCCAUAAGUGAAAGCAAUCAGUGCACAGAUAUAAAUGAAUGCUAUGACAUACCAAACGUAUGCGGACCCAACUCAAACUGCACCAACACCAAUGGAAGCUUCAAUUGUUCCUGCCUGAGUGGAUAUCGGGAGACCAAUGUGAAUCAAGCCAUAAGUGACAGCAAUCAGUGCACAGACAUAAACGAAUGUGUUGUGAUUUUGAACCUUUGUGGCCCCAACUCAAACUGUGCCAAUACCAAUGGAAGCUACAACUGUUCCUGCUUGACUGGAUAUCAGGUGGCCAACCCAAAUCAAUCCAUAAGUGAAAGCAAUCAGUGCACAGAUAUAAAUGAAUGCUAUGACAUACCAAACGUAUGCGGACCCAACUCAAACUGCACCAACACCAAUGGAAGCUUCAAUUGUUCCUGCCUGAGUGGAUAUCGGGAGACCAAUGUGAAUCAAGCCAUAAGUGACAGCAAUCAGUGCACAGACAUAAACGAAUGUGUUGUGAUUUUGAACCUUUGUGGCCCCAACUCAAACUGUGCCAAUACCAAUGGAAGCUACAACUGUUCCUGCUUGACUGGAUAUCAGGUGGCCAACCCAAAUCAAUCCAUAAGUGAAAGCAAUCAGUGCACAGAUAUAAAUGAAUGCUAUGACAUACCAAACGUAUGCGGACCCAACUCAAACUGCACCAACACCAAUGGAAGCUUCAAUUGUUCCUGCCUGAGUGGAUAUCGGGAGACCAAUGUGAAUCAAGCCAUAAGUGACAGCAAUCAGUGCACAGACAUAAACGAAUGUGUUGUGAUUUUGAACCUUUGUGGCCCCAACUCAAACUGUGCCAAUACCAAUGGAAGCUACAACUGUUCCUGCUUGACUGGAUAUCAGGUGGCCAACCCAAAUCAAUCCAUAAGUGAAAGCAAUCAGUGCACAGAUAUAAAUGAAUGCAAUGACAUACCAAACGUAUGCGGACCCAACUCAAACUGCACCAACACCAAUGGAAGCUUCAAUUGUUCCUGCCUGAGUGGAUAUCGGGAGACCAAUGUGAAUCAAGCCAUAAGUGACAGCAAUCAGUGCACAGACAUAAACGAAUGUGUUGUGAUUUUGAACCUUUGUGGCCCCAACUCAAACUGUGCCAAUACCAAUGGAAGCUACAACUGUUCCUGCUUGACUGGAUAUCAGGUGGCCAACCCAAAUCAAUCCAUAAGUGAAAGCAAUCAGUGCACAGAUAUAAAUGAAUGCUAUGACAUACCAAACGUAUGCGGACCCAACUCAAACUGCACCAACACCAAUGGAAGCUUCAAUUGUUCCUGCCUGAGUGGAUAUCGGGAGACCAAUGUGAAUCAAGCCAUAAGUGACAGCAAUCAGUGCACAGACAUAAACGAAUGUGUUGUGAUUUUGAACCUUUGUGGCCCCAACUCAAACUGUGCCAAUACCAAUGGAAGCUACAACUGUUCCUGCUUGACUGGAUAUCAGGUGGCCAACCCAAAUCAAUCCAUAAGUGAAAGCAAUCAGUGCACAGAUAUAAAUGAAUGCAAUGACAUACCAAACGUAUGCGGACCCAACUCAAAUUGCACCAACACCAAUGGAAGCUUCAAUUGUUCCUGCCUGAGUGGAUAUCGGGAGACCAAUGUGAAUCAAGCCAUAAGUGACAGCAAUCAGUGCACAGACAUAAACGAAUGUGUUGUGAUUUUGAACCUUUGUGGCCCCAACUCAAACUGUGCCAAUACCAAUGGAAGCUACAACUGUUCCUGCUUGACUGGAUAUCAGGUGGCCAACCCAAAUCAAUCCAUAAGUGAAAGCAAUCAGUGCACAGAUAUAAAUGAAUGCAAUGACAUACCAAACGUAUGCGGACCCAACUCAAAUUGCACCAACACCAAUGGAAGCUUCAAUUGUUCCUGCCUGAGUGGAUAUCGGGAGACCAAUGUGAAUCAAGCCAUAAGUGACAGCAAUCAGUGCACAGACAUAAACGAAUGUGUUGUGAUUUUGAACCUUUGUGGCCCCAACUCAAACUGUGCCAAUACCAAUGGAAGCUACAACUGUUCCUGCUUGACUGGAUAUCAGGUGGCCAACCCAAAUCAAUCCAUAAGUGAAAGCAAUCAGUGCACAGAUAUAAAUGAAUGCAAUGACAUACCAAACGUAUGCGGACCCAACUCAAAUUGCACCAACACCAAUGGAAGCUUCAAUUGUUCCUGCCUGAGUGGAUAUCGGGAGACCAAUGUGAAUCAAGCCAUAAGUGACAGCAAUCAGUGCACAGACAUAAACGAAUGUGUUGUGAUUUUGAACCUUUGUGGCCCCAACUCAAACUGUGCCAAUACCAAUGGAAGCUACAACUGUUCCUGCUUGACUGGAUAUCAGGUGGCCAACCCAAAUCAAUCCAUAAGUGAAAGCAAUCAGUGCACAGAUAUAAAUGAAUGCAAUGACAUACCAAACGUAUGCGGACCCAACUCAAAUUGCACCAACACCAAUGGAAGCUUCAAUUGUUCCUGCCUGAGUGGAUAUCGGGAGACCAAUGUGAAUCAAGCCAUAAGUGACAGCAAUCAGUGCACAGACAUAAACGAAUGUGUUGUGAUUUUGAACCUUUGUGGCCCCAACUCAAACUGUGCCAAUACCAAUGGAAGCUACAACUGUUCCUGCUUGACUGGAUAUCAGGUGGCCAACCCAAAUCAAUCCAUAAGUGAAAGCAAUCAGUGCACAGAUAUAAAUGAAUGCAAUGACAUACCAAACGUAUGCGGACCCAACUCAAAUUGCACCAACACCAAUGGAAGCUUCAAUUGUUCCUGCCUGAGUGGAUAUCGGGAGACCAAUGUGAAUCAAGCCAUAAGUGACAGCAAUCAGUGCACAGACAUAAACGAAUGUGUUGUGAUUUUGAACCUUUGUGGCCCCAACUCAAACUGUGCCAAUACCAAUGGAAGCUACAACUGUUCCUGCUUGACUGGAUAUCAGGUGGCCAACCCAAAUCAAUCCAUAAGUGAAAGCAAUCAGUGCACAGAUAUAAAUGAAUGCUAUGACAUACCAAACGUAUGCGGACCCAACUCAAACUGCACCAACACCAAUGGAAGCUUCAAUUGUUCCUGCCUGAGUGGAUAUCGGGAGACCAAUGUGAAUCAAGCCAUAAGUGACAGCAAUCAGUGCACAGACAUAAACGAAUGUGUUGUGAUUUUGAACCUUUGUGGCCCCAACUCAAACUGUGCCAAUACCAAUGGAAGCUACAACUGUUCCUGCUUGACUGGAUAUCAGGUGGCCAACCCAAAUCAAUCCAUAAGUGAAAGCAAUCAGUGCACAGAUAUAAAUGAAUGCUAUGACAUACCAAACGUAUGCGGACCCAACUCAAACUGCACCAACACCAAUGGAAGCUUCAAUUGUUCCUGCCUGAGUGGAUAUCGGGAGACCAAUGUGAAUCAAGCCAUAAGUGACAGCAAUCAGUGCACAGACAUAAACGAAUGUGUUGUGAUUUUGAACCUUUGUGGCCCCAACUCAAACUGUGCCAAUACCAAUGGAAGCUACAACUGUUCCUGCUUGACUGGAUAUCAGGUGGCCAACCCAAAUCAAUCCAUAAGUGAAAGCAAUCAGUGCACAGAUAUAAAUGAAUGCUAUGACAUACCAAACGUAUGCGGACCCAACUCAAACUGCACCAACACCAAUGGAAGCUUCAAUUGUUCCUGCCUGAGUGGAUAUCGGGAGACCAAUGUGAAUCAAGCCAUAAGUGACAGCAAUCAGUGCACAGACAUAAACGAAUGUGUUGUGAUUUUGAACCUUUGUGGCCCCAACUCAAACUGUGCCAAUACCAAUGGAAGCUACAACUGUUCCUGCUUGACUGGAUAUCAGGUGGCCAACCCAAAUCAAUCCAUAAGUGAAAGCAAUCAGUGCACAGAUAUAAAUGAAUGCUAUGACAUACCAAACGUAUGCGGACCCAACUCAAACUGCACCAACACCAAUGGAAGCUUCAAUUGUUCCUGCCUGAGUGGAUAUCGGGAGACCAAUGUGAAUCAAGCCAUAAGUGACAGCAAUCAGUGCACAGACAUAAACGAAUGUGUUGUGAUUUUGAACCUUUGUGGCCCCAACUCAAACUGUGCCAAUACCAAUGGAAGCUACAACUGUUCCUGCUUGACUGGAUAUCAGGUGGCCAACCCAAAUCAAUCCAUAAGUGAAAGCAAUCAGUGCACAGAUAUAAAUGAAUGCAAUGACAUACCAAACGUAUGCGGACCCAACUCAAAUUGCACCAACACCAAUGGAAGCUUCAAUUGUUCCUGCCUGAGUGGAUAUCGGGAGACCAAUGUGAAUCAAGCCAUAAGUGACAGCAAUCAGUGCACAGACAUAAACGAAUGUGUUGUGAUUUUGAACCUUUGUGGCCCCAACUCAAACUGUGCCAAUACCAAUGGAAGCUACAACUGUUCCUGCUUGACUGGAUAUCAGGUGGCCAACCCAAAUCAAUCCAUAAGUGAAAGCAAUCAGUGCACAGAUAUAAAUGAAUGCUAUGACAUACCAAACGUAUGCGGACCCAACUCAAACUGCACCAACACCAAUGGAAGCUUCAAUUGUUCCUGCCUGAGUGGAUAUCGGGAGACCAAUGUGAAUCAAGCCAUAAGUGACAGCAAUCAGUGCACAGACAUAAACGAAUGUGUUGUGAUUUUGAACCUUUGUGGCCCCAACUCAAACUGUGCCAAUACCAAUGGAAGCUACAACUGUUCCUGCUUGACUGGAUAUCAGGUGGCCAACCCAAAUCAAUCCAUAAGUGAAAGCAAUCAGUGCACAGAUAUAAAUGAAUGCUAUGACAUACCAAACGUAUGCGGACCCAACUCAAACUGCACCAACACCAAUGGAAGCUUCAAUUGUUCCUGCCUGAGUGGAUAUCGGGAGACCAAUGUGAAUCAAGCCAUAAGUGACAGCAAUCAGUGCACAGACAUAAACGAAUGUGUUGUGAUUUUGAACCUUUGUGGCCCCAACUCAAACUGUGCCAAUACCAAUGGAAGCUACAACUGUUCCUGCUUGACUGGAUAUCAGGUGGCCAACCCAAAUCAAUCCAUAAGUGAAAGCAAUCAGUGCACAGAUAUAAAUGAAUGCUAUGACAUACCAAACGUAUGCGGACCCAACUCAAACUGCACCAACACCAAUGGAAGCUUCAAUUGUUCCUGCCUGAGUGGAUAUCGGGAGACCAAUGUGAAUCAAGCCAUAAGUGACAGCAAUCAGUGCACAGACAUAAACGAAUGUGUUGUGAUUUUGAACCUUUGUGGCCCCAACUCAAACUGUGCCAAUACCAAUGGAAGCUACAACUGUUCCUGCUUGACUGGAUAUCAGGUGGCCAACCCAAAUCAAUCCAUAAGUGAAAGCAAUCAGUGCACAGAUAUAAAUGAAUGCUAUGACAUACCAAACGUAUGCGGACCCAACUCAAACUGCACCAACACCAAUGGAAGCUUCAAUUGUUCCUGCCUGAGUGGAUAUCGGGAGACCAAUGUGAAUCAAGCCAUAAGUGACAGCAAUCAGUGCACAGACAUAAACGAAUGUGUUGUGAUUUUGAACCUUUGUGGCCCCAACUCAAACUGUGCCAAUACCAAUGGAAGCUACAACUGUUCCUGCUUGACUGGAUAUCAGGUGGCCAACCCAAAUCAAUCCAUAAGUGAAAGCAAUCAGUGCACAGAUAUAAAUGAAUGCUAUGACAUACCAAACGUAUGCGGACCCAACUCAAACUGCACCAACACCAAUGGAAGCUUCAAUUGUUCCUGCCUGAGUGGAUAUCGGGAGACCAAUGUGAAUCAAGCCAUAAGUGACAGCAAUCAGUGCACAGACAUAAACGAAUGUGUUGUGAUUUUGAACCUUUGUGGCCCCAACUCAAACUGUGCCAAUACCAAUGGAAGCUACAACUGUUCCUGCUUGACUGGAUAUCAGGUGGCCAACCCAAAUCAAUCCAUAAGUGAAAGCAAUCAGUGCACAGAUAUAAAUGAAUGCUAUGACAUACCAAACGUAUGCGGACCCAACUCAAACUGCACCAACACCAAUGGAAGCUUCAAUUGUUCCUGCCUGAGUGGAUAUCGGGAGACCAAUGUGAAUCAAGCCAUAAGUGACAGCAAUCAGUGCACAGACAUAAACGAAUGUGUUGUGAUUUUGAACCUUUGUGGCCCCAACUCAAACUGUGCCAAUACCAAUGGAAGCUACAACUGUUCCUGCUUGACUGGAUAUCAGGUGGCCAACCCAAAUCAAUCCAUAAGUGAAAGCAAUCAGUGCACAGAUAUAAAUGAAUGCUAUGACAUACCAAACGUAUGCGGACCCAACUCAAACUGCACCAACACCAAUGGAAGCUUCAAUUGUUCCUGCCUGAGUGGAUAUCGGGAGACCAAUGUGAAUCAAGCCAUAAGUGACAGCAAUCAGUGCACAGACAUAAACGAAUGUGUUGUGAUUUUGAACCUUUGUGGCCCCAACUCAAACUGUGCCAAUACCAAUGGAAGCUACAACUGUUCCUGCUUGACUGGAUAUCAGGUGGCCAACCCAAAUCAAUCCAUAAGUGAAAGCAAUCAGUGCACAGAUAUAAAUGAAUGCUAUGACAUACCAAACGUAUGCGGACCCAACUCAAACUGCACCAACACCAAUGGAAGCUUCAAUUGUUCCUGCCUGAGUGGAUAUCGGGAGACCAAUGUGAAUCAAGCCAUAAGUGACAGCAAUCAGUGCACAGACAUAAACGAAUGUGUUGUGAUUUUGAACCUUUGUGGCCCCAACUCAAACUGUGCCAAUACCAAUGGAAGCUACAACUGUUCCUGCUUGACUGGAUAUCAGGUGGCCAACCCAAAUCAAUCCAUAAGUGAAAGCAAUCAGUGCACAGAUAUAAAUGAAUGCAAUGACAUACCAAACGUAUGCGGACCCAACUCAAACUGCACCAACACCAAUGGAAGCUUCAAUUGUUCCUGCCUGAGUGGAUAUCGGGAGACCAAUGUUGUGAAUCAAGCCAUAAGUGACAGCAAUCAGUGCACAGACAUAAACGAAUGUGUUGUGAUUUUGAACCUUUGUGGCCCCAACUCAAACUGUGCCAAUACCAAUGGAAGCUACAACUGUUCCUGCUUGACUGGAUAUCAGGUGGCCAACCCAAAUCAAUCCAUAAGUGAAAGCAAUCAGUGCACAGAUAUAAAUGAAUGCUAUGACAUACCAAACGUAUGCGGACCCAACUCAAACUGCACCAACACCAAUGGAAGCUUCAAUUGUUCCUGCCUGAGUGGAUAUCGGGAGACCAAUGUGAAUCAAGCCAUAAGUGACAGCAAUCAGUGCACAGAACUUCUUUACUACAAAAUUGAAUUUGAGCUCAACGCAACUUCUGGAAUUGUGGAUCAACUCAGGAACAUCCUGAAUGGCCUGUCAUUGUCUGUAGAUAACCUGUCUGAAAUCACUGACACUUCUAUCACAACAGACAUUAAUGAAUGUGAUGACAUACCAAACAUAUGCGGACCCAACUCAAACUGCACCAACACCAAUGGAAGCUUCAACUGUUCCUGCCUGAGUGGAUAUCGGGAGACCAAUGUGAAUCAAGCCAUAAGUGACAGCAAUCAGUGCACAGAUGUGGAUGAAUGUCUUCAGACACCGUCAGUUUGUGGUCCAAACUCAGUCUGCAACAACACCAUUGGAGACUACAACUGCUCAUGCUUGAGUGGAUAUAAUGUCACUGAUCCAAGUGUGCGAAGUAGUGCUAACAAUUCCUGUACAGAUAUUAAUGAAUGUGAUGACAUCACCAACAAAUGUGGACCCAACUCAAACUGCACCAACACCAAUGGAAGCUUCAUCUGUUCCUGCCUGAGUGGAUAUCGGGAGACCAAUGUGAAUCAAGCCAUAAGUGACAGCAAUCAGUGCACAGACUUCAGCAAUUGUCCAGAUGUAAAUGAAUGCCUUCAGACCCCACCUGUCUGUGGUCCAAACUCAGUCUGCAACAACACGGAUGGAGACUACAACUGCACAUGCUGGAAUGGAUACCAAGUUUCAAACAUCAGUCAAAGAAUAAGUGAAAGUAAUCCUUGUAUAGAUGUGGAUGAAUGCCUUCAGACCUCACCAGUCUGUGGUCCAAACUCAGUCUGCAACAACACCAUUGGAGACUUCAACUGCUCAUGCUUGAGUGGAUAUAACGUGACUGAUCCAAGUUUGAAGAGCAGUGAUGACAAUCCCUGUACAGAUAUAAAUGAAUGUGUGGAGAUCCAAAACCUGUGUGGUCCCAACUCAAACUGUACCAAUUACAAUGGAAGCUACAACUGUUCCUGCCAGACAGGAUAUCAAGCAAGCUCUGUCAAUCAGUCCAUAAGUGGUAGUAACCAGUGCCAAGAUGUGGAUGAAUGUCUUAUGUUUCCAUCAAUCUGUGGCUCAAACUCAGUCUGCAAUAACACUAUUGGAGACUACAAUUGUACAUGCUUGAGUGGAUAUAGUGUCAACAGUGAAGAUCUACCAAUAAGUGUCUACAAUCAAUGCACAGAUAUACAUGAAUGUCUGGAGACACCAAAUCUGUGCGGUCCCAACUCUAAUUGUACCAACACAAAUGGAAGCUACAGCUGUUCAUGCUGGAGUGGAUAUCAUGCAACAAAUGCAAACCAUCCCAUUAGUGACAACAACCAGUGCAUUGAUGUGGAUGAAUGCAUUCAGACACCAUCAAUCUGUGGUCCAAACUCAGUCUGCAACAACACCAUUGGGGACUACAGCUGCUCAUGCUUGAGUGGAUAUAACGUGACUGAUCCAAGUGUGCGAAGUAGUGCUAACAAUACCUGUACAGAUACAAAUGAAUGCAAUGACAUACCAAACGUGUGCGGACCCAACUCAAAUUGCACCAACACAAAUGGGAGCUUCAACUGUUCCUGCCUGAGUGGAUAUCGGGAGACCAAUGUAAAUCAAACCAUAAGUGACAACAAUCAGUGCACAGACAUAAACGAAUGCAUUGUGAUUCUAAACCUUUGUGGCCCCAACUCAAACUGUGCCAAUACCAAUGGAAGUUACAACUGUUCCUGCUUGACUGGAUAUCAAGUGGCCAAUCCAAACCAAUUCAUAAGUGAUAGCAAUCAGUGCACAGAUACAAAUGAAUGCAAUGACAUACCAAACGUGUGCGGACCCAACUCAAAUUGCACCAACACAAAUGGGAGCUUCAACUGUUCCUGCCUGAGUGGAUAUCGGGAGACCAAUACAUAA